ACACUAAAAAAUACUGAUUUUAAAAUCCUCUUUCUUCUUGCCCAUUCCCUUCCCCGUCUCAAAUAUAAACUCAAACCCCUCUUUUCUCUCUUCCUCAUUCUUCUCCUUCCUAUAUAUUCCUCUCCCUUUAUUAUCAGAGAGCACAGGAAUUAUGUGCCUGUUUUAAUUCGGGAGAGGGGGUUUUGAUCAUUUGAUGGUCCAAUAUUGAAUCUGUAGCUACAGCAACAGCAACAUCCAUAAUCGUCAACAAUGGCAGUCACUUCUCCCUCUCUUACCGCUACAGAAAAGAAGCACUGGUGGCUCACCAACCGGAAGAUUGUUGACAAGUACAUAAAGGACGCAAGGAGUCUCAUUGCGACGCAAGAACAGAGCGAGAUCGCCUCGGCGCUGAACCUUCUAGACGCUGCUCUGGCGAUAUCACCGAGGCUGGACCAUGCACUCCACCUGAGAGCACGGUGCUUGCUGUACCUGCGGCGGUACAAGGAUGUCGCCGAUAUGCUUCAGGACUACAUUCCCAGCUUGAAGAUCGCCAGUGAUGCUGAUUCAAGUUCUGUUUCCUCUUCUUCCUCUGAUGGGUCUUCCAGGGAAGGAGUGAAGCUUCUGUCCCCUGAGGAAGCCGUGAGGGACCAAACCUUCAAGUGCUUCUCCGUUUCCGAUCUGAAGAAGAAGGUCAUGGCUGGACUCUGUAAAACCUGCGACAAGGAAGGGCAAUGGAGGUACUUGGUUUUGGGUCAAGCGUGCUGCCACUUAGGCCUAAUGGAGGACGCAAUGGCCCUCCUCCAGACCGGAAAACGCCUCGCCACCGACGCAUUCCGACGAGAGAGCGUCUGCUGGUCUGAUGACAGCUUCUCCCUAUCCAGCAUUCCCUUCUCCGCCGACUCAAACACCACAAACCCGCCUCCUCCACCUGCCACGCCACCCCGCACCCCGCUCACCGACGCCGAGCACAUUUCCCAGCUCCUCAGCCACAUCAAAUUCCUCCUGCGGCGGCGUGCGGCGGCCCUUGCAGCUCUUGAUGCGGGUCUCCACUCGGAGGCCAUUCGGCAUUUCUCCAAGAUUCUAGAUGGUCGCAGGGCUGCACCUCAGGCCUUCCUGGCAGAAUGCUACAUGCAUAGAGCCUCCGCCUACCGCGCUGCCGGCCGCAUUGCGGAGUCCAUAGCGGACUGCAAUCGCACCCUUGCCCUUGAUCCUACCUGCAUUCCAGCCCUUGACACCAGAGCUUCCCUCUUCGAAGCAAUUCGCUGCCUCCCGGAUUCUCUCCACGACCUCGAACACCUUAAACUUUUGUACAAUUCAAUUCUCAGGGACCGGAAGCUUCCUGGCCCUGCGUGGAAGCGGCGCAAUGUGAGGUACAGGGAAAUUCCAGGGAAGCUCUGCGCCCUUGCCGUGAAGAUUCAAGAGCUGAAGCAGAGGCUGGCUUCAGGGGAGACUGGGAAUAAUGUAGAUUACUAUGCUCUGAUUGGUGUGAGGCGCGGUUGUUCAAGAUCUGAGUUGGAGAGGGCUCAUGUGUUGCUCACUCUAAAGCAUAAACCCGACAAGGCUACCGGAUUCAUCGAAAGGUGCGAGCUGGCCGACGACCGAGACCUUGAUUCCAUCAAGGAGAAGGCCAGGAUGUCAGCUUUGUUGCUGUAUAGGUUGGUUCAGAAAGGUUACACAAAUUUGAUGAGUGCCGUCUUAGAUGAAGAGGCUGCUGAGAAGCAGAGGAAGAAGCAAGCUGCAUUGCAUGCAGCUGCACAGGCACACGCGCACGCACACACGCAAGUUAUGGUGCAACAGAAACCCAAGGACCCUGCUCCUGAAUUGAACAAUAAUAGUAUUGAGGUAGAUAAUUUGGUCACUGAUAAUAUCAGCAGCAAUGAUUCAAUGGAGAGUAACAAUAACAAGUCUACAAUAUCAUCAUCUACUGUGAAUCCUGCAGUUUUUCAAGGUGUUUUCUGCCGCGACCUGGCGGCAGUUGGGACCUUGCUUUCGCAGGUCGGAUUCAAUAGGCCAAUUCCGGUGAAGUAUGAAGCAUUGAGCUGCUAAUCAGAUAUUUUUCACUGGAAAA